AUGUCCAACCUGGAAACCGCAAUGGGAAUGACCAUUGCCGUCUUUGACAAGUACGCGAAGACUCAAGGCAAUCCGCAGACUCUCACCAAAGCAGAACUAAAGACUCUCCUGGAAAAAGAGCUACCUAAUUUCCUCUCGUUACAUGAAAAUGUCUCUGAAAACAUAGAAAAUAGAUCGGUGACUGUGACUCAGAAGCGUCAUGUUUAUGCCAAGAGCCAGGUGAAUCCCGAACCCCCCAAAGCGUGCAAACACGCCGGGCAGAGCAAGUCACUACAGCUACCCGUGCGGCUGAGCAACUUCUUUGCUUAA